AUGCAUGGCAUGACAGAUGCACUGUGAAGUACUACCAACUGCUCAAUGGCAUAUAAAAUUGGGUAUAAUGCAAUAAGAUUCUGAAUAAUGACCAACUUAUGAUACGACUUGAGUGGAGUUGAGCUGGAGUUGAAUUUAUACUAAAUUAUACAGUAGAUAAGAGAACGAAACACCAAGGUUUUUCAUUGAAUUUGAGCAUGAAUGAAAGUUACUUAUUGUUAGAACGUAAGUUCGAAGAGACCGACAAUGUUCUUGACGCCUAUUACAGUCUGACCCGAAUCGAAAUAUCAAAUUAGUGUACAUAAAAUCACACGUGUAAAAAAAUUCAUCAUCUCAAUUCUGCAUGCAAGUCUUAAUGUACUGAGGCCGGUGCUGUUAUUUGUUUAACUAUGAAACUGAGUAAAGCUCAAAAAAACGCAGUCCUUAUUCUACUUUCGUACAUGUCACGACAUGACGUUUUUUCAUUAGCACGUACGAUUACAAAGAAUCAGGCAUCUCCUAUUUCAGCCAAAGAUGCCCAAGAAGCAAUCAUUUUACACGAAAUUGAUUUACAAACCUUUCUAUCAAGGAAAAAAGUAACAAGAGAAAUUCUUUUUAAAUAUUUGCAUGAUAAUAGAGUUGACAUUCCAGGAAACAGUGAUAAAAGUCAAUUAGUUAGUAAAAUAAUGCAAAUUUUGACACAUCACACCAGAGAGGUAAAACCUUCAAGAAAAACAGUAGAAAAUGAAACCCCAGAAAUUCAAGCUGGAGAUGUUCAAACUCUAGCAGAAAAAUUUACCUCGUGGUUUUAUAGUAUGUUAAAUGAUUAUGUAACUGGACAACAAAGUGAUAAGUUAUGUGUAGAGCACUUUUGGAAUGACUGCAGUUUACAUUUAGUGAUGGAAUCUGCAACAGAAAAUGUCAUUCAAGAUGUUCUCAGUAAUUCAGAAAGUGUUGUAAAUAUGCUGAGAGACCUACAAAUACAACAUAAAUUAUAUUUCAACCCUAACAUUUCAAGUUCUGGAAUUCGAGGAAAAGUGGAUGCUCACGGUCUUGUUAUGGUAAUGGCAUGUGGUACGUUGCAUCAAGUAAAUAUUUGUGUUGGAAUAUUUCAGCAAAUAUUCGGCCUUGUAAGAGACCCUUUUAUGCAAAACAAUUGGAGAAUUAAAUCAACCAGUAUAAUACUGAGGAGUCAAAAAACUUCUCAAUUACCCACAUUAGAAAAUGAGUGUUUCAAUAAUCUUUUAUUACCAAGCUGACUAUUGAAAUUGAAAUAACUUUUCAAAAUAUUUUACACAAUGCAUGUACUAAAUUUAUGCAUGGAUAUAGCAUAUAACAACAACUUGACAUUGUCAUUGUAUAAUUCUAACUAGAUUGAUGUGGAAAAAAGUAUUUAUUAUCAUAAUUUCUAUAUCUGACUAAUUCUUAAACAUACAGGUAGUAUGGAAAUAAGAAUAUUACAUGUAUAAAUGUAAGAUAUGUAUAUAUUAUGUUGUUAAAAAUAUAAAUAAUUAUUUUAAUGUUCAUUCAAUUUUGUGAUGAACAAGAAAUGUAUAUUUUUCUAAGAAAUGUGUAUAAUGUAUUUGUGUUACAAUUAAAAAGAAAGUUGCGCUACAUCAAAAUGAAAAUCUAAAUCUCUACUAAUUGUACUCAAGUACUUCUUGAUCUAACAAGUUUUCAUCACAGUUUAAAGUGUGAAGAGAGAAUUGUAUUAUUACAGGAAAAAUAACAUGUUUGAACCUAGUCUUUCAGAAUUAAUUUUGAAGUUUCCUCAGUUAAUUGUGAGAAAAAAAGAGUACAAUAAACUUUAUUAAAA